AUGAGCAACAUGUCUACACACUCCAACAUGGAGCGUUUGGAAGCUGAACCGCCCGUUGGAUCCCCCGUCCGCCGUGGCCAUCCCAAGUUCCGCGGCAUGUGGAAGGCUGUCGAUCGCUUCGACAAGAUGAUUUCGUCUUCUACCUUUGGACGAAUUUUCAGAUUGGAAGGGAGCGGUCACCCUAAGGAGAUCCCCGACUCGUCGUUCCUACGGGAAAUUCGCGCCGGAGCCACUACGUUCGCGACCAUGGCAUACAUCAUUGCAGUCAACGCCAUCAUUCUCUCGCAGACCGGUGGUAAUUGCGUCUGCGACCUGGAAAACAGGGCUGACUGCGAUACCAUUGACGCCUACAAGGCGUGCAAGGAGGACGUUCGACGCGAUCUGAUCACUGCGACUGCCGCAAUCGCCGGCCUUGCCAGCUUCAUCUUUGGCUUCUUCACCAACCUGCCCGUGGCCUUGGCUCCCGGCAUGGGCCUCAACGCCUACUUCGCCUUCCAAGUCGUCGGCCCCAACGGCUCCGGCAACAUCCCGUACUCGGUCGCCCUGACGGCAGUCUUUGUCGAGGGUCUCAUCUUCAUCUUCCUCGCCCUCACCGGAAUGCGUCAGUGGCUCGUCAAGCUCAUCCCCGCAACGAUCAAGACGGCAACCGGAGUCGGCAUCGGGUUCUUCCUCACGGAGAUUGGCCUUUCGUACUCGACCGGCAUCGGUGCCAUCACGGGCGGCUGGAAAGCCACCCCUCUGGCCAUUGCCGGAUGCCCGAUCGAAAUGAUUGACCCUGCGUCGCAAAUGUGCAAGGGAGGGCUCAUGUCAAGUCCCAAGAUGUGGACUGCCAUUUUUGCCGGCGGCGUCGUCACAGCCUACCUCAUGUCGUUCCGCGUCAAGUACGCCCUCAUCAUCGGCAUCGCCCUGGUGUCCAUUCUCUCGUGGCCUCGCAACACCGCCAUCACCUACUUCCCCUACACCGAGGAGGGCGACGCUCGCUUCGACUUUUUCAAGAACGUCGUCUCCUUCCAUCCCAUCCGGAACACUCUGAAUGCUCUCGACUGGGACGUCGCCAAGAAUGGCUCGCAGUUCGCCCUGGCUCUCUUCACCUUUCUGUACGUCGACAUCAUUGACGCCACGGCCACUCUCUACUCCAUGGUUCGCUUCUGCGGCGUUGUCGACCCCAAGGACGGCGACUUCCCUCGGUCCACCAUCGCCUACUGCUGUGACGCUGCGUGCAUCUCCAUCGGUGCUCUGUUCGGCUGCUCGCCCGUCACCGCCUUCAUCGAGAGCGGCGCGGGCAUCGCCGAGGGUGGUCGCACCGGUCUGACGGCCAUGACCACGGGACUCUGCUUUCUGAUCUCCAUCUUUUUCGCCCCCGUCUUCGCCUCCAUUCCUCCUUGGGCAACCGGCUGCACGCUCGUUUUGGUUGGCUGCAUGAUGAUUCGCCAAAUCACUCAGAUCAACUGGCGUUACAUAGGCGACGUGCUUCCCUCGUUUGUGGUGAUGACCUUUAUCCCCUUCUCCUACAGCGUGGCCUACGGUCUCAUUGCGGGCGUCUUUGUGUACACCGUCCUCAACGGCCUCAUCGCUCUGACUGUUUGGCUCUCUGGCGGCAGGCUGGAGCCUCGUGAGUAUGACAUGAAGGAAUACUGGUCUUGGAAGGGCUCUGGCAAGCAGCCCUGGUUCGUUCGCGCUGUACGCGCUCAAGGCUGCUUCGGCCAUGCAGAUGCCGACAGUAAGCGUUCGUUCAACAUGCAAGACCCCGACCAUGAGAGCUCGUUCCGGACGAGCUCGCGCCUGGAUUCGUCGGACCAGAAGGAGGGUGUCGCAAUGGUGACUAUCCCACAGCGCGCCGUCACACCGCGCUCUGUGCAAUGA